CAAACACAAGACCUAAUUGUCAGUGUCACGUCAUUGCUUCAAAUUAUUUCAUUGUGUGAAUUUCACUUGCCCGAAAAUGGACUACGUUGAUAUAGAAUCCUUCCGGUCAAAGUACAGCGACUUAACCGUGACCGCCGUGCCCAGUUGCUCUAAGCAGAAUGAUGAGCAGCUCCAGCAAACCACCAUCGAGCAGGAAGCCAAAAUAUCGGACAAAUCGCAGGAGCCGCGAGUAGAGAUUACCAGAAUCCCCGGAGGAAAUGCUUCCACCAACUUACCCGUUAAUCAAAUGAUGACUACGCGCCACAGGACCCAGCAAAGCGCAGCUGCCUUGGCAUAUGCCAGCGAGUACAAGGAGGUGCUGGCCAAACUAGAGUACACCAAAUACAUGCAGGCUCAGCUCCAACGGAUGAUCCUGGCCAAUGGAACAAACACUGGCGGAGGAGCUGCAUUUAAUGGCUGCCUUUUCGGAAUAUUACCCACGGCUUUAGCAGUCGAUGAAAAUGCCAAUAUAGAGGAUAAGUACUCCGAUCUAUUGACUGUCCUGGCCGAAAUUCAGCCCCAUUUGGCGCCUACAACGAUGGGAGUACGAUCCCGCAAGGAUUGCCUGCUGCGGGACAUCGCCAAAGCCAGGGUGAUUGUAAGGGAAUGCCUUUUACUCCUGGAGAGCGAUCAGAAGCCUCAGACCGAGGAAAAUCAGUCCCAAGGCAGCUCCACCAGCGAGUGACGUCACUGAGAGCUGUGACUUAUCCAUCUCUGCAUUGUUAACGACACUUAUGCGAGAGCAGCGGGAAUGUGUGUGCCAUAAUAAUAAAAAGCGAGAACUACAAAAGCAAGCGGAGAGUUCUAGGAACCCUGCUCACAUGAAAA